AUGAUGAAUAAGUCUGUGAAGAACAGACGUGUUGAUCGUAUUUCUAUGUUAUUACAAGAAUAUAAUAUUGAAAAAAUUAUUCACAUUAAAGGACAACAUAAUUGUCUUGCGGAUUAUUUGUCUCGUAAUCCAAUGCAAUCUGAACCUGAAGAAAUAUUUGAAGAAGAUUAUGGUAUUAGUACAUUGUUCAAUGGGGAACCGCCAAUCUUGGCGUCUGUUUCCGGGGAUAUACAUCCUGUUAUAGGUGCUGUUGUGACACGUUCGAUGAAAAAACAAUAUUUUCAACGAACCACUGAAUUAGAUAAGUCUUCAUCAUCAAUUGUAAAAGAAAUAGAUUCAUCUUCUUUAGAACAACUCAAGGAAUCAUCAAAUCAAUCACAAGUUAAUUUAGAUACUUGUAAUCAAUUUGAUAUUAAACAAAUUAAAUCGGAACAAGACAAGGAUUUUAUUAUUCAGAAAAAAGUCAAAGAAGUUCAACAAAAUCCUACACAUAAACGUAUUGGAAAUUUACCAGGUGCAAAUCAAAAAUUAAAAGAAAAAUUUCGAAAACUUCUUUCACCUAUUCGCCAAUUUGAUAAGCUAACAUCUUGUUUAGAUUCAGUUGAGUUAUCAUUAAAAGAUAGAUGUUUUCUUUUUUUAACAUCAGAUAGUUUUGCUGAUGAAGAAUUUCUUAAAAAAAUAGCGUCAUUACCAAAUGUUUAUCAUAUUUAUAUUUAUGAUCAACAAGGAAAUAUUUAUUAA